UAUUUAUUUAUACACGACAGACAGUCACACAGACAAAUAAUCAUUGGUGGGCGGUGUGGAACCUGUUGCUCCUACCUGGAUAAAAAGGCCUUCUUUGGUGAACUUGGCCCUUCCCCACAGCCUCCUCGGCCGCCCUUUGCUGCCCCCUACCGACGGACUCGUCCAAGUCUGGGCACGACGAAGCGCAACUCCCGACUGCCAAAGACAACGGUGCAGAGGGAGGGCGUUUUACAAAAAGUCAGGAGGAUGGCAGCGGCGGCGCAACGAAAGAGCCGCACCAUUCACCAUCUCCUGUUAUUAAUGCUUUGCCUUUCGCCGAAGGCCACGUGUGCCCAGCGACAGUCGUUUGGGAUCGACCGUGGCAGAGGCUGCUUCGUCAAGGAUGGAGAACCCUUUCGCUACAUCGCCGGCAGCCUGCACUAUGCCCGGGUGCCCCGCGUCUACUGGAAGGACCGCUUGCUCAAGAUGUACACAACUGGCCUCAAUGCUGUCCAAACGUAUGUGCCGUGGAACUACCAUGAGACCAAGCCUGGCGUGUUUGAGUUCUCCGGAGAGAAAGACCUGGAGGCAUUCAUCCGGACAGUGAAAGAGACUGGACUGCUACUCAUCCUGCGACCAGGGCCAUAUAUCUGCGCUGAGUGGGACAUGGGUGGCCUGCCGGCCUGGCUUCUACAGAAACGAGGCAUUGUUCUACGCUCCUCUGACAAAGAAUACCUCAAGGCCGUGGAUAGCUGGAUGAGUGUCCUGUUGCCAAAAGUAAAGUCAUGGCUUUACCAGAAUGGAGGACCAAUCAUCACUAUUCAGGUGGAGAAUGAGUAUGGGUCAUUUGGUUGCGACAUGGAGUACAUGCGGCACCUCACAGAGGUGUUCCGCUCUAAACUGGGCAGGGACGUUGUGCUCUUCACCACGGACGAACCCUCGCUACACUCGCAGUCAUGUGGCUCCCUCCAAGACCUCUAUAGCACCAUUGACUUUGGCAUCGAAACCAACAUAACCCAGGCAUUUGAAAUGCAACGGAAGUUUGAACCCAAUGGUCCUUUGGUGAACUCGGAAUUUUACAUUGGCUGGCUGGACUACUGGGGAUACGCGCAUUCCACCAGAGACAGCAGCCUGGUGGCAUCAGCACUGGACCAGAUGUUGUCCCUGGGGGCGAGCGUUAACAUGUAUAUGUUUGAAGGAGGCACAAAUUUUGGCUAUUGGAGUGGUGGGGACUUUAACGUAUCGUUCCUGCCCGUCCCGACGAGUUAUGAUUAUGAUGCGCCACUCUCGGAGGCUGGAGACCCCACGGAGAAGCUUUACAAAAUACGUGAUGUUAUACGCAAGUAUGCAGAUAUACCGGCGGGUCCGAUGCCACCACCAACGCCAAAAUAUGCAUAUGGAUAUGUGCACAUGACCCCGUAUAAGAAACUUACAGAGUUGCUGGAAAUUUUAGCCCCUUAUGGGCCAGUCAAGAGCAAGCACCCCCUGAGCUUCGAGGAGAUGAAACAGCACCAUGGAUUCAUGCUUUACAGAACCAAGCUUCCAAAAAACUAUUCUAAUCCAGCACAGCUCCGUCCUCCACCAAACGGGCUAAAUGACCGUGCAUAUGUCUCCAUAAAUGGGGUGGUGCAGGGGGUGCUGGACCGGGAUAGGAGGAGGUCUGUGUCUAUAGAGGGCAAUGUUGGAGAAUGGCUGGAUGUCCUGGUGGAGAACAUGGGCAGAAUCAGUUUUGGAAAACACCUUGGUGAAAGAAAAGGCCUUCUCUCUGGUUUGAUCCUUGAUGGUGAAGUCUUGACUGACUGGAUGAUCUACUCUCUGGACAUUGAUUCGGUGAUAGCAGAGGGUUUACUGCCCUCGAGUUUCCACUCUUCUGUUAAGAUGAAACGACUGGACCAAGCAGGAAUGGCUGCUCCAACGUUUUACCACGGCUCCUUCUCAAUCCCACCUGAUAUCCCUAGCUUUCCCUGGGACACCUUUCUCAAGAUGUAUGGAUGGACAAAGGGCCAGGUGUGGCUGAAUGGCUUUAACCUGGGUCGAUACUGGCCAAGACAAGGGCCCCAGAUGACCCUCUAUGUGCCCGCCAGCGUGAUCUCCGCAUCGCUGCCCAACAAUGUGACCGUGCUGGAGCUGGAGGGAGUGUCCUGCUUGGGCCACGAGUCUGCUGGAUGCAGCUACCUCGUGCAGUUUCUGGACAGGCCCAUCCUUAAUGGAACAUUCAGAUGAUAAGUUGUCCAAAUAAAUGUUUUGUUAAUUCAGUAAAACAAUUGUUUUUAUUUAAUUAAUUAGUCUAUAUCUUGAGAUAAAAACAUGUAUUUUCGUUUAGCAAUGUAAAGUCAGAGAAAUCAGUGUCUCCCUGUUCAAGCAUGUUCUUCUUUGUUGGUGGCCUUGAACCAUUGGUGGAAAUUCUACAUUUCUAUCGUGGAGCCCAGUCUAGGAGAGAAAUGCAACUGACUUUGCACACAGUCGUAGGUGAUUAUAGUUUUGCUAAUGCUUUCUGGAAAAAAAGUACGUAUGUUACCUUUGAAUUAUACAAUUUAUAAUAUACAGCACUGCAAUUGUUUUUAGAAAAUUUACCAGAAAACUUGUUCAUUUUAAUUAAAUUCGAACAAAACCAAGAUUACAGUUAUUAGGAAGUGCUUCUUGAGCAAGUUGUGGUACAAUACUAUGUAAGAGUAAAACAGUAAAUGUUAUGUUUAUAAUGGUCCCCUUUCUGUAUGCCAUUAUUCAGAUGCUCAUGACCUUUAGACAGUCACAAUCCUAUUUGUGAGAACAGCGGAACACUGGAAAGGUCAGGACGUAUGAGGUACAUGCUUCACUGUACGAUGCAAAGCUGACAUCCCCAGGAUAUAGCCUACUAAACACAUCACAGCAUCCAUUAUGCAGUAAACAGUAUUAUUAAUAUGAGAUUAAGGUAGCCAACAUAGUAUACGACUUGACAAGAGUGCUAUGAAGCAGUGAACCAUUGAUCUUAUUCGUGAUUGUUAAUUGUGAAACUUAAAACAGAUCCUGUGUUGGGGCACAUUCACCAAGUGGUUGCUCAAUCAGAUUUCGCCAUUAAUCUCAAAGCAGCCUUUUUAUCCGGAGACCAACAUCCUGAUCUCCACUCAGAGUUAAAUUACUAGUGUAUGCACCGAAUUAAAUCCACGGAAUUGAAAAUAAUUUCCCGUUUUAACAUUGCUGCAAUGAGCCAAUGUUGGGUGGCUUGGAUGGGUGAUGACCAAAGAGGUCCCAAUAUCUGCACAUUUUGCGUCGAUGCUUGUAGCACAUGUAGUGUGGACAGGGCAGUGUGAAGUGGUGUCAAUAAAGGUUGCUGGAGACUAA